AGUAGAUUCAAAGAAAUUCAUUUAUUGUUCAUUAUUGAAGGAGACGGUCAUUGAGUUGCACAUAUUGGUGUCAAAGUGUUAAUAAACAUAAUAAUAAAUAAUAAUAAAAAAGCAGUAAAUAUAUAAAUCGAUUGAAGUUCUGUUGAUCGUUAUUCACAUCUUGCACACAUCUUCACACAAGCGGUACAGCCUUUUCAGUGAGCGGAUUAAACUAUCGGAUUUUCGUGAAUACAUAAGAAAUAUUGGCGGAUAUGGGAAACAAAGUCAUCGUUGUAACGGGAGCAGGCCAAGGAAUCGGUAGAGCUUUAUGCCAACAUUUGUCAACAGCUGGUGUUAAAGUGAUUGCGCUUUCAAAGUCAGUGGAGAAAUUAGAAGAGCUUAAGGGUGUCUGUUCAACUGUGGAAACCAUACCAAUAGACCUUAAAAAUUGGCAGAAAACACGAGAAGUUCUAUCGAAGCUCCCACAAAUUGAUGGUUUAGUGAACAAUGCUGGUGUUGCAAUUAUCAAACCCUUCGCUGAAUUGACCGAACAGGAUUUUGAUGAUACAUUUGACGUCAACAUCAAGGCAGUUUUCAAUGUAACCCAAACCCUUUUGCCGAAGUUCAAAAAAGGUUCAAGUAUAGUGAUGGUAUCCUCAUUAGCUGCUUCACGAUCAUUUCACGGUCAUGCGGCGUAUAGUGCUACUAAAGCUGCUGUCGACUCAUUUACACGUUCAUUAGCUUUAGAACUUGGUCCUAAGCAAAUACGUGUAAAUUCCGUUAAUCCAACUGUAGUUCUUACAAAAAUGGGACGUGAAAAUUGGAGUGACGAAGAAAAAUCGGGUCCUCUAUUGGCACAUAUUCCGCUAAAUCGCUUUUGCGAAGUGCAAGAAGUAGUCGAUGCAAUAGUAUAUUUGUUAAGUGAUAACUCAAGUUUUGUUAAUGGUCAUCAUUUAAACUUAGAAGGAGGUUAUUCGGUUUCUUAAAAGGGGUUUACACAAAAAUAAAUCACACCUUUUUAAAUAAAUAGUACACAUUUCUUGUGUUUAAAUGAAAA